AUGAGCACCAAGUUCAGCAUUCUCCCACAUUUGAGGUCUACCAAGACGGACACAGUUGAGUGCAAAAUCGCCAAGACCACCAUGAACAAAGACAAGGCCACCAAGACUCAAGUCAUGCAAGCCUCCGAGAAACUCCCGACUUAUGAAGAGAUCGCAAAGUCGUCCAAAAAAAACUUGAUGGAUAAAUCGGAGAAGAAAAUAAGAAACGCCCAGAAGCCAGAAGACCUUCUUGUCCACCUGCUUUCAACCGAAUUGAGUAUUGCAGACAAAAAAACUCUCCUUCGAGGCGCCCCGAUGCGUAUAUACGACUACAAUCAUCACCGAAAAAAUGCCGAGAAGGUUGAAGCUCAACUUAAAAACGCAGGCUACGGUAAACUUGCCAUAACCCUAUACUGGUGUUUCUUUUGGUAUAGGGUGCGGCCGAGGGGGCCAGAAAGCUGGAUCAAGGAACUGAUUGAACUUGAUAUCGAGGGACGUUGGAUUGCUCAACGAAAGGCCUACAUUCAAGAAAAAGACGAGGUGGUUGUUGCAGACGGAGCUGCGGCUGCUGUAAAAGACCGCGGACAGUUGAUGGGUUCGAAGAUGCUAUCAACACUCGAGGUCAUUGUACUACAGCAUGCGGUUGCUGCCUGA